AUGACUGUCCACUAUAAUCCAGUCACAAAGGAGCCCUAUCUCCAGCUCCCAGCACCAUGUGCCAACAUCAUAAUCACUCCGUACCGCGAGCACCAGAUCAAAGAAGACACAAAUGCCAUGACCAGCUCUCUCAAUGGCCCGAGAGUAUACACCUGGUUGCAAGGUCCCCCUUACCCUUUCCUACCCGAACACGGGGAAGAUUGGAUCAAGACGAAGAUCCAAGAAAACAAAGCCGCAGUGGCAGCACUACAAGAUGAAUUCGAGAACAAACCCCAGACCGAUGCCUCCCAUCAAGCCCAAACCGAGAACAAGUUCUUCGGCCAAUGUCCAUUCCUCUGCAUUCGUGAAGUGGGCGAGGACCCAAGCGGUGCGCAAGAUACCUUGAUAGGAGAAAUCGCACUCAUCCGAUAUUCAUUCUAUGAAAUCCGACGCAACAGCUGGGAACUUGCAUUAGUCCAAGCCCAUAACAAACAAUUGCCUGUGGGGCACGAGGAUAUUGUCUGGACUUUAGGAUGUACGAUUCGGCUCUCCACUAUGUAUUAUGCGCUAACAGAUACAGAUUACCUUUCCCCCACUCACCAUGGAAAAGGGAUAAUGAGCCGGGCUGUUCAAGCUGUGAUCAGGGAUUGGGCCGUGCCGAGGAUGAAUAUGAAUCAUCUCAGAGGAAGUUUUGUUGUGGGAAAUGUGGGGAGUCAGAGGGUUUUUGAGCGCAAUAACUUUGAGGAAGUUGGUGUCUUUAAGGACUGGCUACCAGAGAAUUCUAAGAAGAGUCUGGGGAAGAUGUCGAUUGUGAUUAUGGAAUGGAAGGGGCUUCUAGAGUCCUGA